CCAGGGAGCCAUGGGUAGACUGCUGAAUCAAAACAAUGGCCGACUGGCAAGCUAGAAUUUAACCACAAGUGUUUAACCGGCUCCGUUCGCCGUCUCUGCGUAGGAACCUCUCUGGGAUGGGUACAUGAUAGAUAGGGUACGCAUGUUUUAAAGGACAGAAACCAGCUGCUUGGCCCGUUUCCUGCUGUCAAAAUGAGCGAUGUUGUGGAGAAGACCCUGACAGCUCUGCCGAGCCUCUUGUCUUUAGAUUCCCAGCCUGGAUCUACAAAGCUGUCUUCCACCUCAAAACUAGGAAGCCUCAUCAGAGGAAUCACUGAGCUGACGUCCAAACAUGAGGAAGAGAAACUUAUUCAACGCGAACUAGUGUCUAUUAAGGAACAAGUGUCUUCCCCCAACACCUCCAUGAGGCAAAUGAAGGAUCUCAUGGUGAGAGCCAUCUACUGCGAGAUGUUAGGCUAUGAGGCUUCAUUUAGCUACAUCCAUGCUAUCAAACUGGCUCAACAAGGCACAGCGCUGGAGAAAAGAGUUGGUUAUCUCGCUGUGUCCUUGUUUCUUAAUGAAAGCCACGAGCUGCUGCUUCUCCUCGUAAACACUGUGUUGAAGGAUCUUCAGAGCACAAAUCUUAUUGAAGUCUGCAUGGCUCUAACUGUUGUCAGCCAAAUCUUCCCCAAAGAUAUGAUACCUGCUAUCCUUCCUCUGGUGGAGGAGAAGCUUAAUCACCCAAAAGAAAUAAUUCGUCGCAAAGCAGUCCUGGCACUGUAUAAGUUCUACCUGAUUGCACCAAAUCAAGUUCAGCACAUCCACAGCAAGUUUCGCCUAGCUCUGUGUGACAGGGAUCCUGGGGUAAUGACAGCAUCACUACACAUCUACUUACAGAUGAUCCAGGAGAACCCAGAAGGUUAUAAGGACUUAACAACAAGUUUUGUCACCAUAUUGAAGCAAGUGGUGGGAGGAAAGCUACCAAUGGAUUUUAACUAUCGCAGUGUUCCUGCUCCAUGGCUUCAAAUUCAGCUUCUUAGAAUACUAUCCUUACUUGGAAAGAAUGACCAGAGUACAAGUGAAAUCAUGUAUGAAGUUCUUGAUGAGUCUUUACAAAGAGCAGAGAUGAACCACAACAUUACCUAUGCAAUUUUAUAUGAGUGUGUAAAAUGUAUUUACACAAUUCAUCCUAAAUCUGAACUUUUGGAAAAAGCUGCAAAGUGCAUUGGCAACUUUGUUCUGUCACCAAAGAUGAAUCUCAAAUAUUUAGGCUUGAAGGCUCUCACCUAUGUGGUCCAGCAGGAUCCUAAACUGGCCUUGCAACAUCAGAUGACCAUCAUUGAAUGUCUUGAUCAUUACGACCUACUCAUCAAGCGUGAAACGCUGGAGUUGCUCUUUCGUAUCACCAAUGCCCAAAAUGUCACAGUCAUUGUUGAGAAGAUGCUGGAGUUUCUGAGCACGAGUAAAGAUGAUUACACUACCACUGACCUGGUGGGGAAGGUGGCAGAGCUGGCAGAAAAAUAUGCGCCAGACAAUGAAUGGUUCAUUGAGACCAUGAACACAGUGUUUUCGGUGGGUGGGGAUACGAUGCAGCCUGACAUCCCCAACAAUUUCCUGAAACUACUCUGUGAGGGAUUUGACAGUGUGGAGGAAGACAGGAAGUUGAGACUGUUCGCUGUGGACUCAUAUGUUUCUCUGCUCCAAGGAAAGCCUGGCAACCUGCCACAGCGCUUCCUCCAAGUCAUCAGCUGGGUCCUGGGUGAAUACUCUCAUUUGAGGGAGGAACUUGAUCCAGCAACAGUCAUGAGGUUGUUGGUCAAACUACUAGAAAGGAAGCAAACAAGCAGUGAAACCAAGAGCUACGUCCUUAUGGCAAUGACCAAGCUCUGUCGGAGUGGUGAAGGUGUUUCUAUAGCUCAGGAGGUUUCUGAGUCAUACAGCAGCUCAAUGGACACAGUUCUGAGGCAGAGGGCGCAUGAGCUGCAGCACCUGAGUCACAACCUUGAACUACGAACCAGGGUGCUGCUACCUGGAGAGGCUGGUCUGGAGCCACUGGAGGUGGAUUCUUCACUGUCAUUUCUGGAUGGAUUCGUGUCAGAGGCGUUGGCUGCUGGCGCUGCCCCAUACAAGCCUCCCCAUCAACGUCAGGAAGAACUCGCUCAGGCGAAAGCGUUGAGCCUGGAGCCGUACAGCCUGGCCCUGCCCAUCAGCAUGUCCUCCUGCAGCAUUACAGACAGACAGUCUCCCACACUGUUGUCCAUGAGCUCUGGUCUGUCAGGAGAUAGCACCGAUCUGUCACACAAAGGAGGCUCUACCACUCUGAAGCUGGAUGGAGUGAAGAGGGUCUGGGGAAAAGAGGGCUACCUGGCACAGAGAGAACCCAUAGAGGAGGCCCAGAUUGAGGUUCCUAGUCCUCUCCGGUCCCCCAUCCAGCAGACAGAGACUGGCAACUCACACAGCCCAAGCCCAGCCCCAACACAGAGCCCUGAGCACGAGCCAGAGAAGCAGCAGCUGGCCUCCUCACUGUUCGUCGGACUCAGCUCCCAAAGCUCCGUGUGUCUGAUGGGGAAAUCCGAGCCAAUGCCCCAACGCUUUAGGAAGAAAGCCAAAGGUCAGAGCUCAACCAGCGCGCCAACGUCCAACUCCCUCAUCUCUCUUCCCAGCACCGUGGAUCACCUGCUUUGUACCAACCUACUGGAAAAGACUCCUGAACUCUCUGAGGUCCACGCUGCUGCUAAUGGCACCUGUGACGUAGAAGCUGCUCUUGUGUCACACGAGGACUCAAACACACCUCAAGACCUCUGUCUCAGUUCUCACCUUCCUGCUGAACUCUCUGAACUUUUUCACUCUGAAAUCUCCCCUCUGUGCUCCACUCAAAGCCUCCACCUCUCAGCCUGUUAUGUGCAGAAAGAGGAUUCUCUAAUACUAGUUAUUUUUAUUACCAACUCCUCCGACUUUGCUGUUCAUGACGUACAUGUGGAUCUUGACUCAGAACAACUUGAGGUAUCCUGUGCCUCUGACAGCCCAGUGAAGGAGGUGAGAGGCUGCUGUGUAGCAGUGUGUCAGUAUUCACUGACUGUGAAGAGGCCUUCAGCUCAUGUCACAGUGGCUGGAAUGGUGUCUCAUCAGCUCCACAUUGAAACGCCUCAAACAGCACAGUUUUCAUACGAACUCCCGCUAACCAGCUUCGUCAGACCUUUGAAAGUAUCGACUGAGGAGUACGGGAGGAUGUGGCUUGACUUUACGCAUGAUACAAAACAGAACUUGACGCUGAUCAAUGAUGGCGAAGAGCCUCUUACAGACACUCUGACUGUACUGAAGAAGAAACUUCAGCUUCACAUUGUUGAAAUCAUAGGAAUGGAAGGCAUCGUAGCAUGCCGGCUCCUCCCGGAUCAGCCGUGUCUGAUGCACUGCCGUUUGCACGCAGGCUCUCUGGCUGUGUGGAUGCGCUCGUCACUCCCCGACCUUCCCGACUGCCUCAUGUACCACUGUCAGAGGUCUUUAACGGAGCACUAAAGCCCUUCUGCAAAAGCUGCACUGACGCCACUGAGCAGCCAGAGCCACAAGCACCGCAGAGGAAGCUACACAGAGCUGUAAAGCAGAAGAGAAGGGGUCACAGCUGACAGCGGGCAUUUACAUCACCAUGCUACAGUGUUUACCAUUUGUUUGUCUCAAUCAGUUCUGGUUUUAAUGUCCAUGAAUCAGUGCUUUUUAAAAUAACAUUUCUCACAACCACAGUAUUAGUAAAAGUCAUCUGUCUAAAGCCUCAAAGCCCGUGUUUCUCAUUAACACUACUGUUAUAAAGUGCUAUUAUUGAUAUAGAAGGAAGAACAUCCUUUUCCACAGCUAAGAUAAUUAUUUAAAAGACUGUUAAAAAAGACUUAAGAGACUGACAUAUUUUAGCGAAGUACCCAAUACAUGUUUUAUUUACUUUGUACAUGCUUUUGAACAGAUCAGUGAAUUUAAAUCCUCUACCUGUCAGUAAAAGCCACAGAGAGGGAGCUUUCAGUUUAAAUAACAAAAUGCUGAUGAUACUUUUCACUAUUUCACAUCCAUUAUGAACUUUUUGUCUUAAACACCACCGAUGUCUGUUUUUCAUUCAUCAGUAAUUUGCAGGUGCUGUCUUGUGUGUGUGAUGGGGUUAUCUAUGCACUCAUGUUUCUGAGUUUCAGGGAGAAGUGGAUUUGUGUGUGGAUAGUGAUGUUAGAUUAUUCUAUUUUUCUAUCAGUGCAGUAUUAAAAACAUAUUUAUUGGGUUUAUAUUCUUGCAGAAAAUAUUUUUAUUAAUUCCACUGAAAGGAGAAGAAUCGUUGUGUUUCAUGUGCUGUUGUUUGGUUCUCGUUAUGGUUGACAUGUUUCAGCCUGUUUGAGUUAAUUCCAACUGAAGGGAGGGUUUGUUUCAGUUAUUUCUCCGUGUUCUGGUUUGAAUCUAUUCUCAACUUUAAACCCAGCGCCUUACGUUCCAUCGCCAAGUUGACAUGUGGUUUGUGCCUGUGGUGCAGAGAGGAAUCAUUGUUUCUUAGAGUGCCUGACACUAUGUCCUGCUAACUUAUGAAUAAACUCUACACUUAA